CCUCACACGCCCAAUCAUGAACACCAAGGUCCUCCUCCUGCUCAGUCUGGCAGCCAUCGUUGCCGCAGACAGCCGUGAAAUUUACAGCCCUCGUCAGUCUUCUCAGGAAACCGAGUCUUCCGAGGAAUCUUCAGCGUCUUCCGAGGAAUCCUACGAGUCCUCCGAAGCCAAGUACAGCUUCAACUGGGCCGUCAGCGAUGACUCCUCAAGCAACGAGUUCGGACACCAGGAGGCCCGUGACGGCGACCACACUCAGGGAUCCUACUACGUGCAGCUCCCCGACGGCCGCCUGCAGACCGUCAAGUACUUCGUGGACGGCGACUCCGGCUACGUGGCUGAGGUCAACUACGAGGGCGAAAUCUCCGACGAGUCUAACUCAUCCGAGUCUGAGGAGGAUACGUCAAGAUACGAGUCAUAGUACAAAUGAUAAAAAUAACAACAGUAUAACAUUUAAGGAUUGUUACUCUUGUUUGUUUAAAUAAACUAUU